GUUUUGUUUUUACAACAUGGGAAGAGGGCGUGCUCUAACGAAGUUAAAUAGCCAAAAGUUAGGGUAAUCAUCAUCAUGAUGAACCCUAAAUCAGAAGUUAUUGAUGGCCCCUUGUGCUGUUGUGAAUAUGAAAAUAUAAAUGGAGAUAAAAGUCAUGUGUUGGCUGCAUUAUGUGACUGUGAAGAUGUUGAUUCGGCUUGUGACAGGAUAGAUAGCUGUGUUGGAGAGGCCAACCAUCGUUCAUUUUUGCUGUCGAUCAUCCUGUUUGUAGUAGGUGGUGUGUGGGGUAUUGUGUUAUCACUACAGAGUGUGUGUCAUCAUCCCCAAUAUGGCUUUCAUGUCCCACAAUGCCUGUAUGCUUAUAGGAAGAAUAGUUCAGCCAUUGUGUUGUCAUGUAGCCUAUACAGUGCAUUGGCGUGUCUAGCUAUGUUAAUCCUCCUAUUACAACAGUUUCAUCUCAUAACUCACAACUGGACAUAUCGUGAGCGCAAACUGGCAUUGCGAGGCCACCUUCCCAAGGACCUUAUGUACGACUAUGACAAGGGAUUCCUUCAAAAUUGGAAGAACUUUCUCCUCAAAAGGUUUGACCAGGAUUUAAUAACUGUUUGAGCAUAUAUCUCAGGCAUUUACUCAUGCUGAUGUAUACAUAUAUACCGACCAUACUGUAUUAUGUAUAAUAUAUACUGAUCCAUUUCGUAUGUAAACAAUUUUGCAAACAGUAUCAAAUAGUAACAAGUUGUAAAAAGUUUUGGGUCAUGUUAAAGCAAAUCCAUGUAAAAUCUUUCAGACCCCUGUGAUAAUCUCAGAAGAGUAGCAUGUUUUUCUUUGCAGCUACAGUAGAUGUCCCGAGUUAAUCAAUGCAUAUGUGUGUGUACUUUUUUGCAGAUUUUAACCAUAAAGACAGGCUUUGGAAAACAUUAAUAUUUUGCUAGGCCUCCUAUCCUAAAUUUAGGCAUAGGCCUACUGUAAGCACAGCAUGCGCUAUAAACAAUGAUGACACAAUUGUUGUUGUCCUUCGAAAAAUGAUUAGUGCAACAAGAGGCCAUGCAUCCAGGGGUGGCUCUAGAAUUUUCCCAACGGGGAUCCAAGCCCCCCCGAGGACGAGAGAAAAGUGGGCGUGGCCAGGAGCCUCCCAAAAUAUUUCAAAAGUGAUCGGAAAAUUUUUACAAUUAAGGGGUUUUAUAGGCUUAUUUAAUCAAUUUCAGAGUCUAUUAAUGUGUAGAAAAUACAUAUAGUUUUUUUUAUCCCCAAUGUUUGUGGUUUUUCCUCCGACGGAGGUGGUGGGGGGGGGGGCAACUCUCCAUGACGGGGAUCCUGUCCCCCGGCCCAACACCACACCUGAAUGCAAUGUGCAACUAGGCUAUACAGUAGCCUAGGCUACAGCGACAUCAAGGAGACUUGCAAAAAAGCCUGCAAAAGUGUAAACAAAUAGCAAUACCAAUUAUGCUAUUCCUCAGAUUUGCAUCGAUCGUAAUUGUUUGUGAAAUAAGUAAAAUAUUGGACAUAAUUGUGUUACAAGUUGUCACAUAUAUUCUAUGUGUGAAUUAGUUAUAAAAUGUAAAUUUUCAACAGAGAACUCAGUAUAAUUGUUGUGUGCAAGUAUGUAAAAAUAAGCAAGGACAUUGUCCUUAAUUAUUGGUAUAUUUAUUGAGUAUAAAACAUGAUAUUUGUACAAUAUAAUGGCAUUAAAUCCUUGUUAUGUAUAAUUUUAACAUAGAACUAUUUAAUGAAUUAAAGUUAUUGAAGUAUACUGUAAUAAAUAAAAAAGAAUUUCUAAUAAUCAAAAUGACCACAUUGUAAAAUGUUGAAUGAACAGGUCUACAUUAUAUCCAACCAUCACUUACAUUAGGAUUCAACAUGUCGUUGACCAAAUACGUCAACUGUGUCAUGCGACUAUCAAUCCCCACUCUAUAUGAAACAUUCUUCACGUAUUGGAAAUUGUACUGGUUCUUAAUGACUAAAAGCAAUAUUGGAGAAUUGUACUGGUUCCUAUUGACUAAAGCGCUAUCCAUGCUAUUAAAGUUCCUAUGACAAAUACCUGUGAUUUCAAAUUGACAUCAUCCUGUUCAUAUAUGAGCAAGUUAAGGAUAUUUGUCUCAGAAAACUUGACAGAUGGACAUUC